AUUGUCCUGUCCAUCCUCCCUUUCUCUCAAAAAAUUUCAACUUUCUCUCACUAUAUAUAUAUCUAUAUCUUCGAUUAUAGCAACAAAAAAAAUAAAAAUAAAUCACAUAUAACACCUUAUCCCAAAAUCAAGAACCCCAAAAUUAGUUAGCUAUUGUUCUUUUCUUGGAUCAUGUAAAAAAGACCCAAACCCCAUUUUUGGAUUUGGAUCUUGUUUUUUUGUUUGUGAUUUGAUUGGAUCGGGUUAUUUAACCAUGACCCGAAGGUGUUCACAUUGUAGUACUAACGGGCAUAACUCAAGAACAUGUCCUAACAGAGGUGUAAAGUUAUUUGGUGUAAGAUUAACUGAUGGGUUGAUUAGAAAAAGUGCAAGUAUGGGUAAUUUAACCCAUUUUGCUACUAGUAGUAGUGGUAAUACACCUUUAAAUGGUGUUGUUCAUGAUUCACCUGGUGAUACACCUGAUCAUAUUGCUGUUGGUGGUGGUGGUGCUGAUGGUUAUGCUUCUGAGGAUUUUGUUGCUGGUUCUUCAUCUAGUCGUGAAAGAAAGAAAGGGGUUCCCUGGACUGAGGAGGAGCAUAGGAUGUUUCUACUUGGUUUGCAAAAACUCGGUAAAGGUGAUUGGCGUGGAAUUGCUCGUAACUAUGUAAUUUCUAGAACGCCCACCCAGGUUGCAAGCCACGCCCAGAAAUAUUUCAUCAGGCAAACUAAUAUGUCAAGGAGAAAAAGACGCUCUAGUCUGUUUGAUAUUGUUGCUGAUGAAUCGGGGGACACUCCAAUGAUAUCAAGGGAUUUCCUCGGAGAUGAUGCUCCACAAGCCGAGAUGCAAAGCAACAAUCCACUGCCUUCUGCUCCUGUUGUGGAUGAAGAAUGUGAAUCAAUGGGGUCUGCCGCUUCUGCCAACUCUAACGAUGGGGAACAUUCUCUACCCAAACCAGAAAGUUCACAAUACCCUCAUCAACUUGUAUAUCCUGCUUAUGUCGCUCCAUUUUUCCCGAUGCCUUAUCCAUGUUGGCCGGGUUAUACUGCAGCAGAGCCAGCAAAGGCAGAGACCCAUGAAGUUCUCAAACCAACAGCUGUUCAUUCAAAGAGUCCGAUUAAUGUUGAUGAGCUGGUUGGUAUGUCAAAGCUAAGUUUAGGUGAAUCCAUUGGUGAUGCUGCCAAGCCACCGUCUCUGUCACUAGAACUGGUCGAGGGCUCCUCCAGGCAGUCAGCUUUUCAUGCUAAUAAUCCUUCAUCUGGUAGCUCAGGCAUGAACUCUAGCCACAGUCCAAUCCAUGCAGUUUAGUCGGGUGCAUUCACAUGAUAUGUUUCCUGUUAAUAUAUGAUGAUAAUGUUCUGUAGUUUGGUUGGGUUAGUUUAUAGUUCUAUUUGUUGGGUCGAUCUUAAUAAGAUUGGUUUAGGUGGUAACUGUUAGUUGGCAAUACUCGUAGCUUGUGGACACUCAUGUUUUGAAGUAUUCAAGUUGUUGACGUUUUGACUUUUGAGUCAAAAAAAUUUCGUUCU